AUGGCGACCCGGUGUGGAGGGGCGGGCGGCGGCGGCGUUGUGGGCGCCGUGGCGAGCGUCCUGGUGCUGUGGCUGGCGGCUGGAGGCGCGGCCGGCCUGGUCGCCACCGACCCUGGCGCGGAGGAGCGGGCGCGGGACCGGGUGGAGGCGCUGCCGGGGCAGCCGGCGGUGGCCUUCGCUCAGUACUCCGGGUACGUGACGGUGAGCGAGCGCCACGGCCGCGCGCUCUUCUACUGGCUCACCGAAGCCGCCGGCGGCGACCCGGCCAGGAAGCCCCUCGUCCUCUGGCUCAACGGCGGCCCUGGGUGCUCCUCCGUGGCUUACGGCGCGUCCGAGGAGAUCGGCCCGUUCCGGAUCAAGCCCAACGGGACGGGGCUCUACCUCAACAAGUACUCGUGGAACAGAGAGGCGAACCUUCUCUUCCUCGAGUCGCCGGCCGGCGUCGGCUUCUCCUACUCCAACACCUCCUCCGAUCUCAAGACCUCCGGCGACGAGAGGACCGCUCAAGACUCGCUGCAGUUCUUGAUCAGCUGGAUGUCGCGGUUCCCGCAGUACCGGCACCGGGAUUUCUACAUCGCCGGAGAAAGCUACGCCGGCCACUACGUGCCCCAGUUGGCGAGGAAGAUCGUCGAGUACAACAAGGCUUCGCCCAACCCCUUCAUCAACCUAAAGGGAAUCCUUGUGGGGAACGCGGUGACCGACAACUACUACGACAACAUCGGCACGGUGACCUACUGGUGGACGCACGCCAUGAUCUCCGACGGCACCUACAGGGCCAUCCUCAAGCUCUGCAACUUCAGCAGCGCCAACGUCUCGAAUGCCUGCAACCGCGCCAUGAGCUACGCCAUGAACCACGAGUUCGGGGACAUCGACCAGUACAGCAUCUACACGCCCUCCUGCCACGCCACCUCCGAUUCGUCGGCGGCAUCCGGCAACUCCACUGCACCGCGCAGGCACCGCCGUGCAGUGCUCAGGUUCAAGGACACCCUCAUCCGCCGGAGGUCCAACAGCUACGACCCCUGCACGGAGACCUACGCCGAGAAGUACUACAACCGGCUCGACGUGCAGAGGGCCAUGCACGCAAACAUUACAAGGAUCCCCUACAGAUGGACCGCCUGCAGUGAUGUGCUCAUCAAGACAUGGAACGACUCCGAGUUGUCGAUGCUGCCCACGUACAGGAUGCUGAUCAAGGCUGGGAUUAGGAUAUGGGUGUUCAGCGGCGACACGGACUCGGUUGUCCCGGUGACAGCGACGAGGUUUUCACUCAGCCACCUUGGUCUCAAGACUAAGAUCCGCUGGUACCCAUGGUACUCAGCCGGUCAGGUAGGAGGGUGGUCUGAGGUGUAUGAAGGGCUGACAUUUGCGUCGGUGAGAGGCGCGGGGCACGAGGUGCCACUGUUCCAGCCAAGGAGGGCGUUCAGGAUGUUCGUAUCAUUCCUGGCUGGGAAGCCAUUGCCCAAAUCCUGA